UUGCAAAACAAACGUUCUGCUGAACGCACCCAUUGAGAAACGAGAAGAGUAUAUCCAGCGAUGUUUUUCCUUACGCGUUAAUUUAUAGCAAGUAAUAUCCAAUUUUCUUUUCGUUUAAAGUUGUGCUUAUAACAAUAAAAUGGCAUCACUUGCUCGCGUUGGUAUCAUCAAACUCGGAUACAAUAACCUUACUAGGCAAUUAUGUAAGGUAACAGCUACCAGCAAUGUGAUACAAUUGGCCUUCAUUACACAAAAAGCGAAACGAGUGAAUCGACGACGACUUCCACCGUUUGAUUAUCUGCAUAAGAAAUAUGGAUUUUGGUCGCAGUUGUUUGACCCGAUGGUUGAUCGUUGCGAUGAAAAUUCUAAGGUGAUCGUCGUCGAGGGUCCGAUUGCUGCAGGAAAGUCUAAGGUAGCCGCGAAGUUGGCAGAGGAAUUUGAGAUGGUCUAUCUACCACCGCCGACCUUCGAUGAGUAUUAUAUAAAUGAAUAUGGAUAUGAUAUACGUACGCUGGACGACAGAUUGUCUGUGGGCUCACAAUCGUGUGAUGUGCAAAAAUUUCUGACAGAUCCCUAUCAUCUCAAUGUGCCCAUGUUUCAAUUUCAUUAUUUUCAAUUUAAAUUUGAUCAGUACAUCACUGCUCUACUGCAUUUGCUCUCGACUGGCCAAGGAGUGGUGCUUAACCGUUCUUUCUAUACUGAUUAUUUAUUCGUAAAAGCGAUGACAAAUGCUGGUUACAUGCGUUCAGAGGCAUUAAAAUUUUACAACGAUAUCGUAAACAUCGCUAAGUCACAGAUGUUGAGGCCUCAUUUAAUCAUUUAUUUGGACUUACCUGUGGAUGCAGUUAUGGAAAAAAUAAAAAAACGUGGCAUACCAUACGAAGUAAAUUCGAAAGUUCUCACUUCAGAGUAUCUCCAAGAUAUUGAAAAUAUAUACAAAUUGGAUUAUUUGAAAAAUAUUGUAUCACAUUCUCAUGUGCUAAUUUAUGACUGGACAAACGAGGGAGAUAUUUCUUCCAUAGUCGAGGAUAUUGAAAUGCUUAAUUUUGAUUACGAUAAAACAGCUAAAAAAAUGUCUGAUUGGAGAUUCGAAAACGUUCAGGAACUUCGAAGUAAAAGGAAACUUUAUGAAAAUCGAUAUUUCUUACAUUUAGACUAUUGGAGAAACGAAUAUUCAGUACCAGAAUUGCACUACACAGCUGAAGAAAUGGAAGAAAAGUAUGAAGCAAUGAAAAUGGUACCUGGACAUAAGUACGUUAAAGGAUAUAAUAACAAGUUAGGAGAUAAAAAUAUUUUGUGGAAAAAGGAUCCUAUUUUUUAUUUAUCAACUCUAAGACCUACUGCACGCGAAGUAGACGUAGUGAUUAAAGAAAUGAAGAAACUGAAGGCCGCGUCGAUGCAGUGAGAGCAAAAAAGUGAUAUAUCUAGGAAAGAAAUAGAGCUUGUAAAUAAUAAUUAAAGUAAAAAUAAAUUUUACUUUCAACCCU